AUGGAGGCCGUAACGACUGUUCGGAACCCGUUUGUGAUUGACGCCCAUGAAACUAAGGUAGAAGGAGCAUCACUACUGUUCGGCUACACAUCCACCUCGGAUUGUCUGUGUCUGGUUUACACUCUGACAACUGGAAGUCAAGUCCCACGAAUCAACUGGGAGUCGGUCGAGGCAACGCAGCUUCCCGAUCCAAUGCUAUUCAUAUACGAGACACAACAUCGUGACUUUGGAUGUGUUGAAGACACGGGAGCAUCCCCGCACACGGGAGCAUCCCCGGACACGGGAGCAUCCCCGGACUCGGGAGGCAUGUGGCGCUGUGUGGGUGAUGGAUAUUGCAAGGUAGGUCAGAAGCAAAAGCUUCUUAUUCAAUUGCAUAGAGCUGUGCAGCGUACAAUUUGCAUUUGCAUCCUACCGAAUGAGCAGCAGCAGGAGCAGUCGGGCUCUGGCACUCUAGUCAGACAUAAUUCAUGUCGGGAGCCACGAAGUAACACAUGGGUUCAGUGGUACAUACUCCAGCUCAAUAGCGCCGGCAAGAUAGACACCUGGCAAUGCAAAAUGCGCUGCAACGGCCAGUUCUUUACUAUACAAAAGAUCUUCAGCCUUGCUGAUGACGAAAGAUCCAGUGGUCUAUGUCUCAUCUGCCAGGAUCUGCAAGCUACCAUCACCGUCUUACCCUGCAGACACUUGUGUCUCUGUUCCGAGUGCUCCCAACGCAUCGAAGAAAAAUGCCCCGUCUGUAGGGGCCCUGUGGCCCAGUUCUUGUUAGUAGACAGGGAGACACCUGCGAAGAACUUGGAACUGUAA